AUGGCUUCCUCUUCCCCUGAAUAUCUCAACCACGUCCUCAUGCGAUUUGGACACCAUCUCUCCUCCUUGGAGCAACAAAGCUAUGCUAAACAAUUUAGCAGUAUGAUUCAGAGCUCGACACAAGGCUCGACGUUGUGUAUGAAACCAUCAUCCGCCUACGUUGGACCUAUACACAGAGUCUCAAGCAGCACGCAUCGCCUUCCAUUUGUUGGACCAGCCCCUGUUGUCCAUCAAUCAUCCUCCGUCAACAAGAAAUCCACCACCCGUAUCAUUGUCAACCCGCUAUCAUCAUCAUCUGUCACCUUUUAA